UUCUCCCUCCUUCCACAAAUAUAAUUUUAGAGAAAUGUUUGAUAUGAUCAUUAAUGAUUCGAAAUUCAAGAAGCUAGGAAAUGGUGUUUGUUAGAAAUUACAUGAUCAGAUUACUUGUAAAAUUAUUUUUAUUAAUCACUUUAAUUAAUACCAUCAACAUAUUGUUUUUUUGGUAAGCAACCACAAAAUGCAAACGUAAACGCCUAUAACAAAAAAACGAAGACAAAUCAUAGCCCAUAUAAACUAGGCCCAAACACACGUGAGUCCAUCUACACGCUUAUAAGCUGUGGAACCCUCGCUAACUAACGGCUAUAUCCACUUGAAUUUCAAAACUGUCUCAAAAGUCUAACGAAGAAGAAAGAACGAAAGAAACAACAACAAUGGCGGAAACGAGGGUCGAAAUCCCAGAUCCAGAAACAGAGUUCUUCGCUUCCAAACAAGAGACAGGACACGAGUGGGAGCUUUUCAAGGAGAACGUCCGGCCUCUAAAGAGAGGACGAAACAUCCGUCUCCUCAACCAUGCUCUCAAAUCUCACUGUGACCACCAAUUAAGAAAGACCCUCAUCGAGAAACGAAGGAAGCUGAUUGAGGAGAUAGACGAGUACGAUGGUGAUGACCCUCUCUUCCCAUGGAUAAAGUUCGUUAAAUGGGUGCAGGAGGCGUUUCCUCCGGAAGGAUAGUGCUCAGGGCUGUUGGUGAUAUACGAGCAGUGCGUGAGAAAGUUCUGGCACUUGGAGCGGUACAAGGAUGAUCUUCGUUACCUCAAAGUCUGGUUGGAAUAUGCGGAGCAUUGUGCUGGUGCUGAAGUGAUUUAUAAGUUCUUGGAGGUUAAUGUUAUUGGAAAUACACAUGCUUUGUACUACAUAGAUUAUGGGUUGCAUAUGGAUUUUACGGGUAAGGUGAAGACGGCUAAUGAGAUCUUCAAUCUCAGAAUCUCUAGGAAUACAAAGCCUGUGGAGAAGUUGAAUGAGGCUUACAAGAAGUUCAUGGUGAGAACUAUGAGAAGGUCCAAAAGUGUUGAUGAUGAGCCAAAGGAGAAUGAAUUACCGUCAAGAAGCUUUGGGACUGUAUUGUCUAGAGGAGAUAAUAAUAAUACAGGAAGGCAGGCGUUAGGACCACAAGCAAAGAGAACAAAGCCUAAUCACUCAUCCAAGGCACCUUUGGCUGUCUACAAGGACACUGCAUCGGGGGAUCAAACAGAGUCGGACAAGUCAAAACCAGAGUUUGGUUCUUUGCUUAUGCUUGGAGGCAGAGGAGAGAGGAACAAAGAGAACAAUGCUUUACCUGGAAAAUGAGCAUCAUUCAAGGUUUUGCUUCUGCUCUAACAUACAAAACUAAACUAAACUUGUCUCUGUAAACUGAUCAUUUACCUGCAGUUGAUAUAUAUAUAUAAAUAUAUAUAUAUUCUGACAGGUUCCUCAGAAAACUAUUGUGAGAACUGCUGCUGCAUCUGCUUCCUCCUUUGAGGUUUUUGUCGACGAAGAAAAAGAUUGUACAGAGUCAGUUAGACAACUAGUUUCUGUUUCCAUAACAAGACAGAGAUGUUUCGUUAUUAACUUUAGAUUAUGAAACUGAAUUCAGAGAGUAGAGAAGAAGGAGAGUGAAACCAUCUCAUCAUCAUCAAACAUUUUGCCGCUUAAUGAUGGCCGUGAGAUAAAGAAGUAAGCAUAGAAUCCCUUCUUGAUUCACCUAGACAAUUACCACAUGGCUUAUGUAUCUAAUGAUGUUUCCUUUGAAAAAAUACUGUAAAGAAACAGAGCUGCUGCGACAGAACCCUUUAAGACACUUUCCUCCCAGCAGCUUCCUACGAUGAUGAGGUUCAUCAUCUUUACAGACAAUCAUAAUAGACAACGAUGUUCUGAAAUUUGAAAUUUGAGCUUUUGUCUAUAAGGGGGUGAUUGGUAAGUGUUGUGAGUGCUCUAGACAGCCUCAAAUCUCUUUACAGCCCCAAAAUCAAAGCAAUCAUGCCCUGGUUAUCUUUUUAAAACUCAGCCAAAUCCAUAUUUUGCUUUAGUUUACGGCUCUGGAAAGCAAAUUCUCUACAGCUCAGUUUUGUGAGCUUUCCAAAAGAAAAAAGGAAUAUUUCAUUUAA